UUCUCGGUUGCCCGCAGCGGCAGCCGCCACCGCACAAAACAUCGCCCGAGCUCGUGUGGCGGCAGCACUGCCUCGCUGGUCCGGAGGCAUAUCCCGCCCCACUCGCUGCCGGCUGCGCACCCCUACCAUGGCGACAGUCGUGAGCUGGUACGGGCCGCUGAUCGACCUCUCGGCCGCCGCCGGCCAUGUCGGCGGGUUCGUGCAGCUCCUGGCGUCCGUUCGCAGCGUUCUUCCCCACCAGGAACAAAAUGCUGGCACCGGAAGGUCAUAUCAGAGAACUAUGCUGGAGGUUGGGGACAACACGAGGUCGAGCUUCUGUGUAUCCCUAUGGUCCAACCAUAGUAGUACGGCCAUAGUCGCUGGUGAUGUUUUACUGUUGCAAAAUAUUAAGAUAGUAGAAUUUAGGAACGGCCUAGAGGGAAGAGCUUCUCAGAUAUCUGGAGUUCAAGUAUUGCUGAACUCUAAAGAAUUGAUGCGACCCGAAGGAAUUGAUGAACUAAUAAUUAAUUGUAAAGUUGGGAAUGCUACAAGAUCAAAGUUAAGAAGAGUGGCAGAGUGGAUUGUACACACCAAACGCACUGUCACGAAAAAUCAUCAUCAGGUGAUGUCGAAGAACUGGAAAGAAAGAAUAGAAAAGGAUUCAGCAGACUUGUCCAUCACAGAACUUCUCUCUCAGAGCAAAUUAUGCAAUGUAAAUAUUUAUGCAUCUAUUUGCAAAAUUGUGUUAAUGGGUUCUCUUACUCCUCACUUCAAGGGGAAAUUUUCAGUCAUUGAGAGACUUUCCUUGGAUGAACAUAAUGAUAUCAUCAGAGAUUUUAUUUGUAGUGGAUGCAAAUUAUGUGGUUUACCUCUAUAUCCAAAAAACCUUCGUGGAGAGAGCACUAGUUUAAUUGAUUGUCCAAAUAAUCCGAAAUAUCUCCAUGUUGUUGGCCAGAUAUAUAAACCAUUCAUGAUAUAUGUGCGGGACCAAUCUGGACAAAUUCCUGUGCUUGUAAGGAAUAAAGCUGCCGAGACCUUAUUUGCAAAUAUCAUCGCAGAUGAUGUGUUUGAAUGCUACAAGAGCAGUCACUGCAUGCUGCUAGAUAUUUGUGAACCUGGCAACUUACGCACUUCUGGGAUCCUAGAUGGCACUUGCAAGACAGGGAUAACAAAAAGGAAAAGAUCCAAAGAAAAGCUUGAUUUUCAUCUUAUUUGGCUCAUUCUUAUCAAAUGCCUGCUGAACCAAGGCAAGAACAGUCCAUUUGGCUUCCAGAUUUCAGUUAACCCCGACAAGAAUGUUGACAAUGGACGAUUUGAACUGGUUUCCUUGACAUUACCAAUACCGUGAGAUGGGAUUUUCCUUGCACCACAUAUACAUGUCAAUUCAAACAUUCAAGCGAAUGGUCAUUUGCUUACAGAAAAAGAGUCUUGUUUCAGAGAUGGAUGCCGACUACUUUAGAGGACUUUUGCUCUUCUGAUGGUUUGCACAGAAACUAGACCUGGCUCAAAAGACCUGUACAAUGAGACAAGAAGAUGUAAGGAGCGAUGAAGUAUGGUGAUGAUAAAGAUCUGCACCCGGGUCAGCUCUCAGAAACAUGGAAUUACUUUUGGUCUUUUGCCAAUGCUGCACUGCCUGCAAAGAAAGCUUAGUUUUGCCUCUCCCUUCUUCGAGAAGGCCAUGCUGAUGAAGUGAUUGUCCCCUUGUGACUUGAAUACCUCGCUGGUGUAUGAUUACCACUGUUAGCCGCAAUAGUGAACUAAAACUGAAAAGGAAAAACAUUGUCCAGAACUGCGCAGCAUGUGGCUCUGCAGAGAUGGUUACGGAGUGGUGUAUUUGCUAUAUUUAUUUGUUGGGGAUUCGUUCGGCAUGCCAAAUUACACACUGCAUUUUUUUUUUCUAUCUAGCUUCUAUUUAUCCUCCUACCAAAUGCAAGUAUUUUCUGGGA